UGGAAAAGGGAAAAAGGAAAAAGGAAAAAAGGCAUCGUAGCAUAGAAAAGAGAGGGAAUUCGCUUCGAGAGAAGAGUUGAUAGUGGAAGACGAUUGAUUGAUUCACUCCAACGCUUGAACACCGCACUCCAUUUCUCUCUCAAUCUGCAUGUUCUUUCUCCUUCUCCACAUUUCUUUCCUCCAGUUUCAAACCUUACCUUCUCCGCCCUAGCCAUGGCGUCCAAGGGCAAAGGGAUUGCCAAAGAUUCCUCUUCCGGUAAACGCAAGCUUCGCGAUGACAACAAUUCCUCCGCUGCUCGCAAGAGGCGUGACCGGAGCGUCCUUCAGUUAUUCGAGGAUGUCGCUCCCGAAGUCGGUGGCGAUACCGACGACAGUGAUUUCUUUGAUGAUCUCAUGGACAUGGAGGAAGAUUUGGAGACAUUACCAACAUUUAAGGAUGAUGAUGCAAAAGCUCAAGACAUUCCAUUCUUCCCAAAAGAAGAGGAAAUGAACGAAGAAGAAUUUGAUAGAAUGAUGGAGGAAGUCUACAAUCGAGCACCUGGAUUAGGUGCAUUUGCAGACGAAAAUUAUGAGAACAAAAAUUCCACCGGAAGAAACCCUCCCCCGCAAUCUGCCAGGGAUACCAUCUCUUUGUGGAAGGUUAAAUGCAUGGUUGGCCGUGAGCGGCAAUCAGUUUUUUGUCUUAUGCAGAAAUUUGUUGAUUUGCACUCAUUUGGUACCAAGCUACAGAUAAAAUCUGCGUUUUGUGUGGAGCAUGCAAAGGGUUUUAUUUACAUUGAAGCUCCAAGGCAGUAUGAUUUAAUUGAGGCAUGUAAAGGCAUAAGUGGAAUAUACUCAACCCGUGUAACUUCUGUUCCUGAAAAUGACAUCUCUCAGUUGCUUACUGUUCGAAGUAGAGUCAGUGAAGUCACCGUGGGUACGAUGGCCCGUGUUAAAAAUGGAAAAUACAAGGGAGACCUUGCUCAGAUUGUUGCUGUCAACAAUGCACGUAAAAGAGCGACAGUGAAGCUGGUUCCAAGGAUUGAUCUCCAAGCUAUGGCCGAAAAAUUUGGUGGAGGAGCUGCUGCUAAGAAAACUGCCAAUCCUGCACCACGAUUGAUAAACUCUAGCGAACUCGAUGAAUUUCGACCACUUAUGCAAUUUAGACGUGAUCGUGAAACUGGAAAGCUGUUUGAGUUUCUUGAUGGGAUGAUGCUCAAGGAUGGAUAUCUAUACAAAAAAAUAUCUUUAGAUUCGUUAAGCUGGGGAGUGAUACCUUCUGAAGAUGAGCUCUUAAAGUUCAAGCCUCCGGAGAGCAACGAAUCUAAUGAUGUGGAGUGGCUUUCUCAACUUUAUGGUGAAAAGAAGAAAAAGAAGGAUAUUAGGACCGAAAAGGGGGGUGGAAAAGGUGAGGGCUCAUCAGGGUCUAGUUCCACGAGCAGCUUUGGAGAUCACGAUCUUGUUUGUUUUGGGCGGAAAGAUUUCGGGUUGAUAUUAGGAAUGGAAAAAGAUGAUAGUUACAAGAUUUUGAAGGACAGCCCUGAUGGAUCUGUUGUGGUGAAUGUGCAACGGAAGGAGUUGAAAAGUGGGCCUUUAGAUGCUAAAUUUACUGCUGCCGAUCACAAUGGAAAGAUCAUAUCCGUUUCCGACAAUGUCAAGGUUUUGGAGGGAUCAUUGAAGGAUAAGCAAGGGAUUGUUAAGCAUGUAUACAGAAACACGGUGUUUGUAUAUGACGAGAAUGAGGUGGAUAAUGAUGGUUAUUUCUGCUGCAAAUCUAACAUGUGCGAGAAAAUCAAGAUUUCUUAUGAUGCACCUGGUGGAAAGGAGGAUGACAAGGGUUUUGCUGGUUUUGAGGAUUUCUCCGCUUCUCCCAAGUCACCUCUAUCACCUAAAAAGCCAUGGGCAGAGAAGGAGAGUGGUCGUGAGUACAACCGUGAUGACAGAGCAGAUGGAAUGUUCUCCAUUGGUCAAACCUUGAGAAUACGUGUUGGUCCUUUAAAGGGGUACCUGUGUCGUGUUAUAGCCGUACGUAAAAGAGAUGUUACAGUGAAGCUCGAUUCUCAACAGAAGGUUCUUACAGUCAGAUCUGAUUUUCUUUCGGAGGUACAGAGAAAGAGCUCAGCAGCGUCGCUUAGUGAGGAUCCCCUAAAACCAUUUGAUAUUCUGGGAAAUGAAGGCAGCUCCCAAGAUUGGAUUGGCGGUACGGGGUCAUCUGCAGGUGGUGAUGGCUGGAAUUCUGCUGGGCCUUCUUCAGAAAGAAGUCCUUGGCCCAGUUUCCCUGAGUCCAGUACCUGGAAUGGUCCAGGGUCCAGUUCCACAAAUCCUUUUGGUUCUGAAAGCCUCGAUGCUAAAAAUGAUGAAGAUUCUCCUUGGGUUAGCAAGUCCACUCCGGAUGCAAGCACUUCCUGGGGCGCUGCAAAAUCAAGUGUGGAUACUGCGAACACUGGUCAAGCCUCUGGAUGGGGAAAGAGUGAUUCUAAAACUUGUUCAGACGGCAAUGGCUCUAGUGCCUGGGGCAAACCAGUCGUACCUAGUGGAGAUUCUGCAGGCUUUACGAAUUCAGAAUCUGGAGGUUGGAAAAAUCAUCAAAGUGCUAAUUUUGGUGAUGAUAAUACUCCAGCAGGAACCUCAGCUGAUGGGUGGGGCAGCAAAAGUAAAUCAAGUGGAAACUGGGGCGAUCAAAAUGCUUCAACCACUGUCUCUGAGAUUCGGCCAGCUGGCAAAGGAAAUGCAGGUGGCUGGACCAAACCAGAAGCAGAAAAUAAGGUCAAUUCAAGUGGCUGGAAUGAAGGUACUUCAAUGAAGGGAAGUCAAACAUCAAAUUGGGGUGCCCAGGAUGAGACUGGUGGCUGGGGUAAACCAAAGAACGUGGGUGAUGGUGGCAAUUCUGCUUGGAAUAAAUCUACUGCUGGUGAUGGAGCUGGAGGAAACGACAGUUGGAAUAAACCAAAACCUUCUAGUCAAAAUGGAAGUACUGAGAAAAAAGAAUGGGGACAGGGUAAUGAAGUCAGUGAUAAUGGUAACAAAUGGCAGAGUUCAAGUUCUGAUGGUGAAAAAAAAUGGGGCACUAAUGAAUCAGAACGCGAGGGUGGAAGCAGUUGGAAUACAUCCAAAUCAUCUGAUGUUGGUUCUGCUAUUUGGAAUGAUAAACCUGAUUCCUCAAGUUUGACAGCUUCCAAAGGAGAUCAAUGGGCGGGAGGUUGGGAUAAGCAGCACAGUUCAAAUGAUACAAAAGCCUCCGAGGACAAUUCUCCUUGGAAUAAAAAAUCUGUUGAAAGUGGGAAAGAUGGUGAGCUUAAGAAUCAAGGCAGUGGUUGGAAUGUUGGAAAGACUUCCGGUGGAGAUUCUGCAUCCGGAUGGGGUCAGACCAGCAAGGAAGCUGGUUCGAAUGACCAAGUGGGUGGCUGGGGUUCUAAUUGGAAAAAGAAUUCUGAUACCGGGAAUGAGGAUUCUAGUUCGGCCAAGAAAGGCAACUGGAGUUCUGGAAGUGGCAAUUCUAAUUGGGGAGAGAGAAGCAACUGGAACUCAGGAAAUGACUUUAAUGCUAAUCAUUCCACCGGUGGUGCUGAAGCUCAAACUGACGUUUCUAAUGAUACCUCAGGUUAUGGGAGCUGGAGGCCAGAAAGUAGUGAUAGAGGAGGAUAUCGAGGUAGAGGUGGUUUUAGAGGAAGGGGUGAAAGGGGUCGGUUUGGUGGUAGAGGCAGAUCUGAUAGAGGUGGUUUUGGCAGAGGUGGAUCAGACAGAGGAGGAUUUGGAGGCAGAGGCCGUGGAAGGUGGAACAGUGAAGGUGGUUCAAAUGAUGGCGACAAUAAAGGCUGGAGUAGUGGUGGUGGCGGCAGCGAAAAUAAAGGAUGGAGCAGUGAUAGUGGUGGCGGCGAUAAAGGGUGGAGUAGUGGUGGCGACAAUAAGGGAUGGAGUGGUGGUGGCGGCGGCAGUGGAGACGGUAAGGGAUGGAGUGGUGGUGGCGGCGGCGGUGGAGACGGUAAGGGAUGGAGUGGUGGUGGCGGCGGAGGUGGAGACAGUAAGGGAUGGAGUACUGGUGGUGGUGGGCGUAGUUGGGACACUAAAGGAUGGAAUAGUGGUGGUGGCGGCGGCAGCGACGGAGACAAUAAGGGAUGGAGUACUGGUGGUGGUGGGGGUAGCAACGAUAAUAAAGGAUGGAAUAGUGGUGGCAGCGGCAGCGAUGGAGACAAUAAGGGAUGGAGUACUGGUGGUGGUGGUGGUGGUAACAACGACAAUAAAGGAUGGAAUAGUGGUGGUGGUGGUGGUGACAACAAGGGGUGGAAUAGUGUGGUGGUGACAACAAAGGGUGGAGCAGUGGAGGUGCUGGUGACAACAAAGGGUGGAAUAGUGGUGGUGGUGACAACAAAGGGUGGAGCAGUGGUGGUGGUGGGGAGUCUGGUGACAACAAUAAAGGGUGGAGUAGUGGUGGUAGUCGUGACGGGGAGAAAUCUGGAUCAGAUCGAGGUGGAUUUGGUGGCAGAGGUCGUGGAAGAUGGAGCAGUGGAAGUGGUUCAAAUGAUGGUGACAGUGGGAGUGGAGGGUGGAGUAGUGGUGGUGGUGACAGAGAGAAAUUUGGAUCAGACCGAGGUGGAUUUAGAGGCAGAGGCCGUGGAAGAUGGAACCAAGAAGGUGGUUCUUAUGAUGGCGACAAUGGAGGGCGUAGAGGUGGAUAUGGAGGCCGAGGCCGUGGCAGAUGGAAUCAAGAAGGUGGUGACGGUGGUGGUAGAGGUGGAUUUGGAGGCCGAGGCCGGGGAAGAUGGAAUCAAGAAGGUGAUUCAAAUGGUGGUGACAAUGGAGGAGGUUGGAGUAGCAGUGGUGGUAGAGGUGGUUUUGGCGGCCGAGGCCGUGGAAGGAGGAAUCAAGAUGGUUCAAACGACGGUAACUAUGAGGAUAAACCUGCAAGCUGGAGCACAGGUUCAGGUAAUAAUGGAGGUUGGGGCAGUGGUGGUGGUGCAGGAUCUUGGAACCGAGGAGGUGAUGAAAAGAACCAGCAGCAGCAGAGUUGGAAGUUGAGCAAUGAUGGUGGCCAGGGAGCAGGUUCAGGUUGGAAAGAACCAAGUGGGAAUGAGCACAAUAAUUGGAAAUCAUCUGGUUCUUCUGGUGCAGACAAUAAUUCUGGCUGGAGCAAAUCAACUGCAGGCAAGGAGAUUGAAGA